UACUGCGUUCAGUCGAUAGCAAAAGAUGAAACAGUGCUCAUCACGCAACAAUUGGUGUCUGCUCAGUGUUCAAAUCGAUCAGCGUCUUAGAAUUGACACCUGUCGAUAUCUAAUCGAGAUAUUAUCACGUCGCACAACGGGCGAUUAAUAUAUUCAGUACCAUAUAUAUAGAGAAUUAAACGCGCUAUAACUCUGAAUUGUGCUAAUAAUCAGUGUCAACUGUAAAUACCAAAUGCCAUAGUUGGUUAGACCUGUUCCCACAUCUAUGGAGUUUCAUCUAGACAGCGCAGAAUACUGCCAGGCACAGCACAAAUAAAAAGUAAUCAAGAAAGAAUUCGAUCAAGGCUCUGUUUAGCCAAAGAGAUAACGCGAUUGUGGCAGGGAGAGAGAGAGAGAGAGAGCGAGCAAGAGCGAGAGCGAGAGAGAGGGCAAUAAGCCAGCAGCGCUCGCAGAUAACAAUACUGAAAACAGAUUAUUUAGAAAUUCUAGGUGAACGUAGUUCAUAUCACGAUAAGAAUAUUAUAGGUUAACUAGGAGAGCCACAACGAAAAAUAGCUUGGCUGGCAAUUGGCAAUUGUUUUAGAAAGAACUGAAUCUGAAUCUAAAGAAACAUAUAUAUAAAUCAUUUAUUUCAGUUUGAGUUUGAUUGGCGUGGAGUAAAAACAGGGAUCUUUUUUGAAUAGACGUCUUUCGGUUUUUGAAUUCAACUUUUCAUUUCUUGUGAUAGCAUUGCGAAAAUCCCAAAUUGUACUUAAUUAAUUUAUAUAAACAAUCAAAAAAUCAAACUUGCGUUUUGUCGUAUAUUUAUGAAAUAU